GCCGCGCGUCCUCAUGCUCCGCACCAACUGAAUGACUCUGCUGCCGGUUUGCUAAUUAAAUCCCCCAUCUAAAACGCUGCUCUCGAGAGACGUAGGGAAACGGAAAUGUGGCACGAAGUAUCCGUACGGUGAACGCCUAAGCUUAAACCAGAUGGGAAUUAGCGGAAGGUGCACUCAAGAGUGUGGCAAGAAUUCUUCAGAAGUCUCUAGACUGACCCCUUGAAGGAGUGAUAACAUCGUUCCAUUUCUAGAUUGCUGCUACUCUGGGUUUCAACAUUAAUUAAACUGGCGGCGACGCAUCAUAGUUUCAUGAUAUUUAUGCUAACUUCAACCUGCAGCAUCAGGUAUAAGAAUCUCCGAGCAGGUGUUUCCGAAAAUGGAACAGCAACCUUCGCUCAGCCGCCCUCUUUCACGGACGCUCUCUUUCAGUCCAAGCUCCUGCCGAGUCCUUAGGACUCCUUGCUCCUCCCACUCGUGGUCCUCGACAACGUCCUCGUCCUCCCACUCCUCCUAUGCCACUUACCCGUCCACCUAUCGACCACUCAUCCCCCGGCCACUCUCCAGAAGCCAGUCCUUCAGAUGCCGCCGAAGGCUCUUCGAUUCCUUCAAAGAAAUCCUUCCUCCCCUUCCUGCUGCUCCUGCUCCUGCCCCCAUGCAAAGCUCGCCGAAGGAUAGGGCGGGAGUUAGGUCGAGGGACAACGCUCGCAAGGCGCAGACUUCCUUUUUCCUCGAAGGACUCCCGCACCGGCGGAUCGUGAGGCCACAAUUUAGGAUCUUUAGAGAGCUGGGGUCGGGACAGUCUCCUGAGAAUGUUGAGAAGCAUCAUCCCUCCAGGCGCCAAUCCUCCAAACAACCAUUGCGUUCUUCCGAUCUGGAUUACCUACUCACCAAACGCAAAACUUCGGCAACGCCGUCGAAGUCUUCGGAAGUUGAAAACCAACUUCCGAGUGGCACUCCCAGUGGCACUCCAACGACAUCAGACGAGGAACGCUCCAGUCCUUCGGUGGUCGUCAUAAACGACGCGAAAAAACUCCAGUGUCAAGACGAAUGCGAUGCUCUGGAGUUCAAACCGAUCAGAAUAUGACCGCGAUUGGAAGUUUUCGAAAAAUGUCUGAUGAUGUUCCUGAUGUGUCCUGUUUGUGUUAUGGUUAUUUAAUUUAAUGGAAAUACAUUCUAUAUCUGGAGAGCAUGUUUUAUUAUUAAAUAAAUAAAGUAAUUAACUAGCCCGCUAUAUCAUACGAAGGUCAUUUU